UUAAUUUUUCAGAUUGCCUACUAACAUUUCCAUUAACACUCUCUCAAGGAAAUGCUGAUUCAGAUCAAUGCUCACUUUUCACAUGGAUGAAAUGCAGCCUAGAGGUGCACGGAUUGCCCUAACUCAAGGACAGACUGUGUGUAAGAACUGGAAAAGGCCCUAGCAACAUACUCCCACCCAAAAGCGGCUCUGUGGGCUCUCCAGCACCCUGCACCCUCUGGCCCCCUUGAGCACAGCAAUAUGGAGCUGGUCAAUAGGACGGAGAUCUCAGAGUUCUUUCUGAAAGGAUUUUCUGGCCACCCAGCCCUGGAGCACCUGCUCUUCCCCCUGUGUUCAACCAUGUACUUGGUGACCCUGCUGGGGAACACGGCCAUCGUGGCAGUGAGCAUCCUGGACGUCCGCCUGCACACGCCCAUGUACUUCUUCCUGGGCAAUCUCUCCAUCCUGGACAUCUGCUACACGUCUACUUUUGUGCCUCUGAUGCUGGUCCACCUCCUGUCAGCCCAGAAGACCAUCUCCUUUAUUGGCUGCGCAAUCCAGAUGUGUCUGAGCCUAGCCACAGGCUCCACGGAGUGUCUACUUCUUGCCAUCAUGGCCUAUGAUCGCUACCUGGCCAUUUGCCGGCCACUCAGGUACCCCGUGCUCAUGAGCCCCCGGCUCUGCUUGUUGCUGGUGGCAACUGCCUGGGUCCUCUGUCUCGUCAAGUCAGUGACUGAGACAGUCAUCGCCAUGAGGCUGCCCUUCUGCGGUCACCAUGUGGUCAGUCACUUCACCUGUGAGAUCCUGGCCGUGCUGAAGCUGGCAUGCAGUGACACGUCAGUCAGUGAAGCCUUCCUGCUGGUAGGGGCCAUCCUGCUGCUGCCUAUACCCCUGGCAUUCAUCUGCCUGUCCUACACACUUAUCCUGGCCACCGUCCUGAGAGUGCCCUCAGCUGCUGGGCGCCGCAAAGCCUUCUCCACCUGCUCGGCACACCUGGCUGUGGUGAUGCUUUUCUAUGGCACCGUCAUAUUCAUGUACAUGAAACCCAAGAGCAAAGAGACCCGCAUCUCUGAUGAGGCCUUCACAGUCCUCUAUGCCGUGGUCACGCCCAUGCUGAACCCUGUCAUCUACAGCUUGAGGAACAAGGAGGUGAAGGAGGCUGCCAGGAAAGUGUGGGGUAGGAGCUGGACGUCCAAGUAAGGGAGGCCUGGGAUCUUCAGGUUAGUAGGUGAGGCCUUCAUAGGCCUACAGUGCGGACAGGUGGGGUGCAGGGCUGAGUCUGGAAUAUUCAUCCCAGAAAGGCAGCACCAAGUCCCACUGAUGUCACCACAGAAUUGCUCACAAAGCACCCCUCAGCCCCUUCUCUGGCAUCGCCCUGGCCAGCUCUCUGCAUCUCUUCCUGCACCUUUACACCAGCUCCUGGGUGGCCUCAAGACUGCACUCCAGUGGUCCUUCCACUCUAUCCUCCCUGGGGCCUCCAGAGGGACCUCUGUGAAAAGCAAAUGUGAUCACAUCCUCUCUUGACUGAAACCCCCAAAUGGCUCCCCCUCUCAGGACAAAGUGUAAGCUCCUUCAUGGGACAUUCUGGGCCUUCACAAGCUGGCCCUGCUGGUCCUGACUAACCCCUAGCCUUCUGCCCCACAUUCUCCCUCCUGACAGCCACACAUACCAGCCAGGUGUGAGCCCCAAUGUUGCCCAGCCCUGCCUGGCUCUGUGCUCUUCUUGAUUCUUCCCACAAGGCAGCCACACCCAGCACCAACUCCAGGAUGGCCAGACCCUCAAGGCCCAGCUCAAAUGCCACCUCCCCCAGGAAACCUCCUCGCUGAGCUCCUCCUGCUUUACUCUGUCCCAAGGUCCAGCCCUGCCCAACCCUCAGGCGCCCAUAGGUUUUGUAAAUAAAUACGUGAACACAACAGUGUAGGGGUGAUAGUGGCAGAGCCUGGGGUCCUUCCUGAACCUAAGCAGAGUGGAGACAGAGCUCAAAGAUAAACCUAGUGCCCUGGGAGGUGACAGUAGAGGCAGUGAGGAGGCCCAGAGUCCAUGAUCUCCAGAGCAGUCCAGCCACAGGGUACUGAUCACCCUGAGCAGCCCAGGGCCUGUGUUCCCAACAUCUGAGUUGCAACACCUGAGCAGCAACAGCAGCUGUUGCCAUGCCUCCCAGCCCAGCAUCCAGGCCUCACCUGGCUUCGGGGAGACUGGCUCUACCCUUCCUUACCUGAUCACAGGGAUCCUGCCAGAGCUGCCCCUUCCUGGUGCUCAGCCUCUUCCCAGCUUCCCUUUCUGACAACUUAAUGAGCACAGAGUAGAAACAGAUGCAGAUUCACAGAGAUCUCCAUUCCCUGCCUGCCCCCACCCCCAGCCUUAGUGGCACCAUCUGUAUGAUGGGGAGCUGGCCUUGGCCU